CACUUCCCCCCCCCCCCCCCCGUUUUUUGCCUGAGAAGCCACAUAACGUGCCUUUCCUCCACGCGAAUCUGGGAGCUGUAAGCCGGACCGAUUGCAAAUGAAGUGUAAUGCAUUGUGGGACGUGUGUAAAAUUGGAUCAUUCGAGGGGAAAAAAAAAAAAAAAGGAAGGGACCUGCGGCUGGCGCCCUAGAAGAGGUAGCAGCGAGAUGCGCGCAGGUUGCGCCCCGGCGGUACCCGCGCUAGGCUGAUGCCAGGGAGCGCGCAUCCGGCGAGCCGCAAGGCCUGACCCAUGCAGCGGCGGGAGGAUUAGGCUCGGGCAUCCUCAGGAUGAAGAAGACGCGGAGUACGACCUUGCGGCGGGCCUGGCCUAGCUCCGACUUCUCCGACCGGGCCUCAGACCGCAUGAGGUCCCGCAGCGAGAAGGACUACCGGCUGCACAAACACUUCCCACCGGCUUUCAUUUCCCAGGCAUCACGGGGCUACAUGACAUCAGGUGAUGUAUCACCCAUCAGCAUGUCUCCCAUCAGUCAGUCACAGUUUAUUCCACUUGGGGAAAUCCUUUGCCUGGCAAUCUCAGCAAUGAACUCUGCCCGAAAACAAGUCACACAAGAAGCACUAAUGGAGCACCUAACAACCUGCUUCCCAGGAGUUCCAACACCCAGUCCAGAAAUCCUUCGACAUACCUUGAAUAUGCUUGUACGGGAGAGGAAAAUAUACCCAACUCCAGAUGGUUAUUUCAUUGUAACCCCGCAGACUUACUUUAUAACACCAUCUCUCAUAAGAACUAACAGUAAAUGGUACCAUUUGGAUGAGAGGAUACCUGACAGAUCUCAAUGUACCUCUCCACAACAAGGAACUAUAACUCCCUCCACCUCGGGAUGCGUCAGGGACCGAACACUACCCAAAAACCACUGCGACUCCUGCCAUUGUUGCAGAGAAGACAUGCACAGCAUGCAUGCAUCUACCCUACAGAGGAAAUCAGCAAAAGACUGUAAAGACUCAUACUGUCCUCCUUCAUUAUGUCAGGUCCCACCUACUGAGAAAAGUAAAAGUACUGUCAAUUUUUCUUACAAAGCAGAGACACUCACAAAGCCUAAGGAUGUAGAAAAGCAGUCUAAGAAAUUUGGACUCAAACUGUUCCGGUUAAGUUUUAAGAAGGACAAGACAAAACAGUUGGCAAAUUUCUCUGCCCAGUUUCCUCCAGAGGAGUGGCCGCUAAGGGACGAGGACACCCCUACCACUAUACCUAGGGAGGUAGAAAUGGAGAUUAUUAGGCGCAUUAACCCAGACUUGACUGUGGAAAAUGUCAUGAGGCACACUGCACUAAUGAAGAAACUUGAAGAAGAAAAAGCUCAGCGCAGCAAAGCAGGAUCUUCAGCUCACCACAGCGGACGAAGUAAAAAGAGCAGGAAUCACAGAAAGUCUCAUGGGAAAUCAAGGUCACACAGCAAGACUCGGGUAUCCAAAGGAGAUCCAUCAGAUGGCUCUCAUUUGGAUAUACCUGCUGAAAGGGAGUAUGAGUUCUAUGAUCCCUUGACUCGAUCCCCACGGGAAGGCUGUUUUAUAAUAGAACACAAGGGAGAUAAUUUUAUAAUGCACAGCAAUCCUAACAUGAUUGAAUCUCACUUUCCCAUGACACCAGAGUGGGACGUGUCUGGUGAGCUGGCCAAAAGAAGAACUGAAAUGCCUUUCCCUGAGCCUUCCAGGGGAAGCUCCCAUUCCAAGGUCCAUCGGAGCCACAGCCAUACACAGGAUAGAAGAUCGAGGAAUGAGCGGUCCAGUAAGGCUAAAGAAAGGUCUAGAUCUAUGGAUAACUCCAAGGGACCUCUGGGCUCAGCUACCUUAGGCACACCCGAAGAUAUAGGUGAAGGCUGUAGCCCAGAUGACCAAACAACUAGCCAAACUUACAUUGAUGAUAGUACCUUAAGGCCAUCUCAGUCGCUCAGUCAUCAAAGGGCUCUGAUCUCAUCUGCAAGCUACAAAGAGACUUGCAUCCCUGAAAUGGCUAGUGGCAGUGUAGAAACCCCCAGUUCUUGUAGCCUAUUGGAACAAAGCAAGCCUACAGAGAAUUUGCCAUCACAUAGUGAGCUCAACUCCUGCACAACAAAAUCUGCAGUCGAUGACUAUUUUCAGUGCAACACAUCCAGUGAGACUGUGCUUACUGCUCCAUCACCACUGGGAAAGAAUAAAGAGGAUCAUGAUACCCUGACAGGGACAGAUGGGCUCAAAAAAAUGACUCCUGCAGAAAGACAGUCUCAACAUAUUGCUAGGGAGCCUGGGGUGCACAAAGAGGAGUCCCCAAAGGGCCCAAGCAGUGGUUCAGCAGUUGCUGGCCAAACUCCAGAGGUUAUUGCAAAUGGGCGGCUGGUUCAACACCAUAGCGCUGAAUCAAGCAGCCUUGAUAAAAGGAAAGAAAUAUUUAGCAAGGAUACGCUCUUUAAACCUCUGCACAACACUCUUUCUGUGAAUAGUUAUCAUAAGUCUAGCGCACCCCUGCUAAAGCCCCAUCAAAAGACCCCCUCUGACACAUUGCCAGUCAGAUGUGAGAAACUUGAACAAGCGAUAGUAACCUCAGUCACACAAGUCAUGCCCGUUUCACAGAGACAGCAAGAGACAACUGGGAACCAAGAGGCCUCCUUUGACUACUACAACGUAUCUGAUGACGAUGACUCAGAGGAAGGAACCAACAAAAAUGCUGAGGAAGAAAAGAACAGGGAUGAUGUUGGUACAAUGCAGUGGCUCCUAGAGAGAGAAAAGGAGAGGGAUCUGCAGCGAAAGUUUGAGAAAAAUCUUACUCUUCUCACCCCAAAGGAAACAGAAAAUAGCAACAACCAGAGAGCCACCCACUCAGCCCGCCUGGACAGCAUGGACAGCAGCAGCAUUACUGUGGACAGCGGGUUCAACUCUCCACGUACUCGUGAGAGCCUGGCAUCCAACACUUCAAGUAUUGUUGAAAGCAACAGACGUCAGAACCCCGCUCUGAGCCCUGCACAUGGUGGCGCAGGCCCAACGUUCAACUUCCGAGCCACUGCAGACCCACCAACAAGUGAAGCUGAGAAACUGCAGAAACCUGCUAACUGCCUGCAAGCUUCUGUCACUAGUGUCUGAUGGUCAUCCUGCCUCAGAUCUUCUGUCUCAUCCUAUACAGCAAAGUUUACGACACUGGGACUGAUGUUUACAUCUUCGGGGAAAAAUUAGAAAAGCAUCUCAACCACAGUUUUAGUGUUUACUUAAACUGUGCUGCUAUGUAGACUAGGGGCAACAAAGAAAUCUUUAUUUCAAGGUAUUGCUUUUCACAUUUGCGGCUCUGUAGCAACAGAAUAGCAGUAGGGAUAAUAUGUACACUUUUUGCUUCACUUAAUUGUAACUGAGCACAUAUAUGAAAGUCUAGACACUGUAAGUGUAAUCUGCAUUUUCAAUGUCCAUGCAGUUGCCAACUUCAUUUAAAAAAAAAUGCCACAGAUGUGUGAUGCCCCUGGUCAGAGGCUAAACUCUGCUGCAGAGUUGAUCAUUUUUUACUUCAAAAACUGAGCCACUGCUGAAAGUAACCAGCCAGGAUCACCAUGAGGAAAAACAAUGCCAAACAUGACAAGUGAUGACCUCAGCUCUAUCUGUGAAUUAUUAAUACUAAUCAGUCAUUUUCACUGUGCUUUUUCGUGACACAAUUUUGCAAAUACCCGUUUAAGCGAGUAAAAAGAGGUUUGGGUUUUGGUUUGGUUUGAUUUUUUCUAAGUAUGGAGGGUGGGAAGGGAGGCGGUGGCUUCUUUUGUGUUUCAAAAGUAUAAGAGAUGUUUACUUACUGAGACUUGCUACUUGACCUUCCAUAGUCACAAAUGAGGAGGUGGGCCUUUGCGUAGAGGGGGGAGUGGGGAGGGAAGGGAAAGUUAUAACUGUCAUGGAGCCACAACGUGGAGUGACACAAAAGAGAACAAAUGUCUUCAGUAUAAAUCAAGUAUUUAAAAAAGAUAAUCUAAUUCUUGGGUCACUUCUGGUAUUGCAACUUGCCAUUAAUAUAAGAAUCAGGAUAACUAAUUUCUUGGAACAAAAAUAUUCUUUAUGAUAUAAAUGACAAGUAUGGCCUGAAGAAUUGAUUUCUUUCUAGUGGAAGGACAUAAAUCUAUUUUAUGUAGCUUAUUAAAUAGAGUGCCUAAAUUAGGCUAUUAAAAAUAGCAUACAUUGUAGUGAUUAUCAGAGAACAAAAUUUAGAGAAUUAUAAACUUCUGGCCUUUUUAUUCAGUGGAUGUUAUUUGCAAUUUAGCAUUUUAUGGACAUGUCUAGUUUCUAGAAAUUAAAUAUGUCCACAUGGUUGACAGUAGAAAUCUGAAUUCUGUAGGUAUGGUAUAUCCUAAUUGCUCUCCCCUAAACUGUUACUCCAAAGUAAUUAGUACUGUGCUGAUUACUGCAGAGUAACUUCUAAGGGUAGUUAAACUCCAAGAGUAAUUUUUAGGUAUAGGGUCACAUUCUGCUCUGUUACUCAUGCAACCUGGUAGUGCAACAAACUGACUUCAAAUUUAACUCUUUUUUUUUUUUUUUUUUUUUAUCAGAACAAAUGAAUUGGUGGAAGAAUAACAAAGACACUAAAAUGUUCAACAGCCCAAAUUGUUGCAUAGAAAAGGGACAUUUACAUUGUCUAGCUCUUGUAGUACACAGGUAUGAAACCCAACUGUACAUAUUAAAAACCAGUAUUUUCAUCAGGUUCUGGUGACAUGUAUUACCCUGUACACAAAGUCAUUUGAGCUUCACUCAUAUUCUCUAUUGUCAUCAGAAGUCUUUACUGAAGAUUCAGCCUUACAUUAUGCAGUUGGAUAUAGUUCAUUUACUUACAAAAUGGCUUUCUAACUCUGGACACAAUAAGUUUCAAGUUCUGUCAAGAACACCCAGUCAAUGCACAGGUCUGUUUUCCUUGGUUUCAGCGUAUAAUUUCCAUUUCAUAGGAGCAAUAAGACCUUUCGGUGCACAUAAAGGAAAUUAUUGUGCUUUUGGUUGGUUAUUGAAGUCACUUGGCCUUUAGCCUUCUGCCUUAUCAUACCUUCCAAGAUGUGCUCUAAUUACCAUAUAAUGCUUUGCAUGACGCAUCUUAUUAUUCAGUAUGUAACUCCAGCCGUACUUAUUCCAUGCGAACUGUAGAGUCAGAGUUUUUGUGGGGAAUUGUCAUAUACUAUGCAGUGGCUGACUGUGAUUUUGUUUCUGAGAUGAGCUCUGACAUCAGUAGUAUGUAUCAAUUCAGUAAAUAAAAAUGUCAAAACGAUAAAAAAAUUUACAGUGAUGAUCUGAAGUACUAACGGCAGUAUUAAAAUGUGAACAGCAAAAACAAAUUUCACCUUUGGGGGAAAUAUUUGUUUGUCAUAAACUAAUCAGAAUUUACGCAGGCAGCUGGUUGUACCGAAGACAUAAUUCCAACAAAAUAUGAUAGUACAUACCUAUAAACUGUAUAGUAUGUUAUUUCCUAAAGUUCCCAGAGACCAGCAGACAACCUAAAUGUCAUAUUAAUGUUGACAUGGCAUUGUACCAAUAUUAAUGUGACUCUUGGAAUAUGGAAUGUAAACAAGUUUCAAAUAGAAACGUUCUAAUCUUGAAUUUUAUUUUUUUUUUUUUUUCCUUUUAAAAUCAACAAUGGAAUAUAAGGAAAUUCCAUCUUGAGGUUCUGGUAACAAAACCGCAAGAGUGGAGCUUGAGUGCUUUAUGUCACCCUGAUCCUUUGAUGAAAUCAGAGCCUUGUAUUACAUGGUUGCUUAUCUAUCAUUCUUCUUCUAAUGUAUCAAUUUAAAGGUUUACAGAGUUAGAUUAGGUUGAAUCUGUGUUGUGUUCCACUGUAAAGGGUCAACACAAAUCUGUCGGCAUUUUGCACACUUAAUAUGUAUUAUUAUAAUACAACAUGUUACUUUUAUGGUAAUUUUUUUUACACAUAUAACUACCUCCAUGAAUUUGAUGAAAUGCAGCAACAUGAAAAGUGUAUUGUACAAAGCAAGGUUAAAAACUUUGAAGCAUUAGGUCAUGGCGUUCUCUUGUGUGUCAAUGCUUGCGUAUGAAAUCAUCAUGUUUCCAUUGCCACAAUUUCCUUGUACAAUAUUAAAAAUCUGGCUUUCAGAUGAGUCACUUAGAGUUUGACAAGGCUGCAUAAUUGGGAUAAAAGUGAAAGGGAGGCUGAAACCUUCCAUCCUCUCCCCAGUUACUGCUAAAAUUUCUGCCUGGUAGAACUUGAAAAUGUAUUUGUAAUUUAGCAAAUUAGGAACAUCUACAGUCUGUGAAAUAUGAUUGACAGUUUGGGGUUUAACAGAAGACACUCUGGGUAUUUUCUUGGCAGCCUUCAAAUACUUUGGGCCCUAUUCUGCCUCCAUCUUUGUCAACAUAUCAGGUCAUGGUUUCUCUGAACUCACAAGGGUGUUAAAACAGCUCUUCCUUUAAUGAUAAGCACUCUGUUCUCUAGAUUGUGUGCGACUGAAACACUUGCUCCUAUAGAAAUUACCGACAGCCUUUAAUUGACUUUGCUGGGAGCAGUAUUAGGUUCCCUACUUGAGGUAUGUGCCUAUUGUUCAAAGAACGUGGGCGAGUUUCUGAGAAAAAUGAAGCUGGCUUUUGAAAAGUAGCCAGCUGCAACAAGCCACCUUUCAAGAGGGAAGAACGAAAGAUUUUUCCAAAAACCAAAGGAAGAAAGUGACAGUUGAACUUAAGCAGAUCACAUUUAUAUACAAAUCCCGAUUUAUGAACACCUCUUUCAGCAAACUUAGUACCGUUAUCCUGAUGCAAAUUAAAAUACAAUCAUCAGUUGAGCUAAUUUUGCCAUUUUAAGUAUUUAAGUUAAAAAUUAUAAGAAAUCAUUAGCCAUUUGACUUCUUGCGCCACUGUAAAAUGUCCGUUGCACGCGAAACAAUGUUCACUCAACUUUAAAAAGUAAAAUGUAUUGGAAAACAAAUAUUUUAAUGAAAACCAUGGCCUAAGUGCUUGCCAGCAGUAGUCGUUUUUAGAAAAGAGAACAAGCAAACCAGUAUUCGGAGGCCAUCAUAAACACGGAUAAUACUUUGCACUUAAAUCAUGCCUUUUCGCCUGAGGGCCUCAAAGCACUUAACGUGGUACCAGCUAAGCCUCGCGAGCCUGUGAGGUAGGCAGAGUUCACUGACCCUACUUUAUGUCCAGGCACAUCGGAAAAAACAAAGCCUAGGAGUCUGCAGAGUAAUUUAUUAACUAGUUGCUUUCUUGAAGUUAUUGGAAUAUGUUUAAUAGUUAACCAAAGUGUUUCAUGUUUAUACUCUGAAGUUACUCUUUUGAUGCAUUCAGUUUGUUUAAGCAAGAGAGAAACUAAUUUGCAGUCCUGCAGAGGCUCUUGGAUUAGCAGUGCCAAAACCAACCAAGUUUUCAGUCAUAUGAGUACUGCCAGCGGUGGUUUUAGAAACAGUUAUUUUAAUUAAAAAUUUGUUUUUCAAAUACAUUUCGCAGAGCUUUUCCCAACACAAUUGUUCAAAUUGUUGUGCUGAGAAAGCAAAUAGCACUCCUAAUCUGGUGUCACACCCACAGUUUACAAUUCUCUUUGCUCUUCUGAAGAAAACUGUACAGUAUUAGAGAGAAAAGUUCUAUUUUUUACGAAAUUCUUUAAAAAAAAAGUAUAUAUCUAAACCGUUCCCCCCAUCAUAAGUGCAUCAUUACUGCAUGAGAAGCAUGCAGUGGACCCACCAAAAGCCACGCUGGUGCUAGAAGAAAACGGGACUAUCACGCUUCUUUUAUAGCGGCGCUCUAAACGUUGGUUUCAGUUAUGCGGGUGUAAAUCUGGUGUGACUCCCCUGAUCUCCCGCGGAUCUGAUGGAGAUGGGAGUGGGUCGUUAACUCCAUUGAAGCUCAGUUCUGAGCUGAGGGUUUCCGUGUUCCUCCCCCCGCCCCAAGACAUUAAAUGCAGAGAAGGAGCAGAAGGCCACAUGCACGCACCUGGCUGUGGAAGGGCAGCCUGGGUUGAAUCCCUGGUGAAAUGCACAGCUGCCCAGCCGGGAUGCUGCGACAGCCACCUCGGAAGGGCGGUCUUCCGUGCGGUACGCUGCCCUCGUGUUGUAUAGCGGUUAGAGCCACCCAAAGGAUACCCACCCAGAAGUAUGAAAGGGCCCUUGGAGUAAUUGACACAGAUGUUACUUUUAUAUGUGGAGGAGACAUAAGUUUAAAGGGAUCAUAAUUCUGCAGGUAAUUUUCUGUGAGUGACUGAAUGUGGCUGUUGCAUUAGGUUUAAAUGAGUUAAUAAAUGCAAGUGGGACUUACUGUAUGUUAGAAGGGAGUUUUGCAGCCAAGACUGCCUUGUAUAAAUGUGUUUGCACUGAAAAAAAAAUUAAAAAAUUACUUGGUCUCUGGUUGCUGUAAAGGUCAUCCAAGAUGGAUGUUCUGUUUAUAUUGUAUAGUAUUUCAUAUGAAAUAAUUGCAGUUCAUGAAAUGUCUUCCCUAACGUUACUGAUUUAUAACAGCACAUUUGUAACAUGGUUUUUAUUGUGUCAGUGUACCAUAUUGUAAAUGAUGAUUACUUGUCAUGCUUAGUAUAAUAAUUUAAAGGAAAAAAAAGGACAGGGAUUUUUGUAAGUCUAUAUUUGAAAGUCCCUCCAUAUGGUAAUAUUGUGUUCAUGUUGUUUAUGUAGUGUUGUGUGAAAUAUCCAUUUUGGAUUGUGUUACUUUUUAAGAUAUUAAAUAACAUUUGGUUAUA